CAUUCCUGGUUCUUCUUUGCAGUUAUCUUAAAAUCAAUGGCACAGCACUUGGUUGACGCAAACAAAACAAAGGUUUCUCGAACGCAGAGGUUUCCAGAAUCAUUUCAAACUGAGCUGGAUACACUUGUGAUGGUCUUAGCAGACCAUGUUGUUUGGAAGUACAAAGAUGCUCUUGAGGAAACCAGGAAUGCAAACUACAGCACUGCCAAAUUUCUCAAGCGCUGUUUUACAUUUAUGGAUCGUGGAUUUUUGUUCAAGGUGGUCAACAACUACAUAAGUAUGUUUGGAACAGGAGAUAGCAAGAUUUUACAUCAGUUCAAAUUUGACUUUCUCCAAGAGGUGUGUCACCAUGAGCACUUCAUCCCUCUGUGCCUGCCCAUACGGUCUUCAAACAUUCCUGAUCCUGUGACACCUUCAGAAUCAACACAGGAAUAUCGAACAUCAGAUAUUCCAGAGUACACGUUGACCAAUGAUUUUUGCCGUAAACACUUCCUGAUUGGAGUCCUGCUGAGGGAGGUUGGGUUUGCCUUGCAGGAAGACCAGGAUAUUAGGCACUUGGCUUUGGCUGUGCUUAAAAACUUGAUGGCAAAGCAUUCCUUUGAUGAUCGAUACGCAGAGCCGGCAAAACAGGCAGAAAUAGCAAACCUGUACAUGCCACUCUAUGGGAUGCUUUUGGACAACAUGCCAAGGAUUUACAUGAAAGAUAUGUUCCUUUUCAAUAUCAAUACUUCCAAUCAGGGAUCCAGGGAUGACUUGAGCACAGCUGGAGGGUUUCAGAGCCAGCCAGCAAUGAAACAUGCCAACUCUGUGGACACGUCCUUCUCCAAAGAUGUCCUGAACUCUAUAGCAGCCUUUUCAUCAAUAGCUAUCUCUGCAGCAAACCAUGCUGACUCCAGAGCUUCCUUAGCAAGUCUUGAAUCUAACCCAAGUACCAAUGAAAAAAACAGUGAAAGAACUGACACGUGUGAAAAGAUCAUGAGACCUUUGUCUUUGAUUGGAUCAACUCUUCGUUUUGACAAGCUGGACCAAGCUGAAACUCGAAGCCUUCUGAUGUGUUUCCUUCACAUUAUGAAAACCAUUUCGGAAGACACUCUGAUUUCCUACUGGUUGCGAGCACCAUUCUCAGAAAUAACAGACUUUUUCAGCAUUUUAGAGGUUUGUCUGCAAAAUUUCAGAUACCUAGGAAAACGCAACAUUGUCAGGAAAAUUGCUGCUGCUUUUAAGUUUGUCCAGGCCACCCAGAAUAAUGGAACCCUUAAAGGUUCAAACUCCUCUGGCCAGGCGUCGGGUCUGCUCUCACAAUGGAUGCAUUCUACUUCUAGCCAUGAUGGCCACAAGCAUCACAGGUCUCAAACAUUGCCAAUAAUCCGUGGCAAAAAUGCACUUUCUAACCCCAAACUCUUGCAGAUGAUAGACAGCAGCACCACAAGUAACUCCAAUGAGACGGACAUUGUACAGUAUGUAGACACCGAGGCAAACAUUGCCACAGAGGUUUCCCUCACAAUCCUUGACCUGUUGUGUCUUUACACUCUGAAUCACCAGAGGCAGCUCCAGCAGUCCGACUGCCAGAAUGCAUUGAUGAGGAAGGUCUUCGACACGCACAUGCUCUUUUUGCAAAUCAACCAGUCAGCAGCAGCUCUCAAGCACGUCUUUGCUGCCCUGCGGCUCUUUGUGGGCAAGUUCCCAUCAGCAUUCUUCCAAGGACAAGCAGAUCUCUGUGGUUCCCUCUGCUAUGAGAUCCUGAAGUGUUGUAACCACAGGUCACGUUCAACUCAGACAGAGGCAUCUGCUCUGCUCUAUUUUUUCAUGAGAAAGAACUUUGAAUUUAACAAGCAGAAAUCAAUAGUCAGAUCCCAUCUACAGCUCAUCAAAGCAGUGAGCCAGCUGAUAGCGGAUGCGGGGAUCGGCGGAUCGCGCUUCCAACAUUCACUUGCAAUUAUAAAUAAUUUUGCUAAUGGAGACAAGCAGAUGAAAAACCUUAAUUUCCCAGCAGAGGUGAAGGACCUGACCAAACGCAUCCGAACGGUUUUGAUGGCCACAGCUCAGAUGAAGGAGCAUGAGAAAGACCCUGAGAUGCUCGUGGAUCUGCAGUACAGCCUGGCAAAUUCAUAUGCCAGCACACCUGAAUUACGUAGGACAUGGCUCGAAAGCAUGGCCAAGAUUCAUGCAAGAAAUGGAGAUUUAUCAGAGGCUGCCAUGUGCUAUAUUCAUAUUGCUGCUCUCAUUGCAGAGUACCUGAAAAGAAAGGGUUACUGGAAAAUGGAAAAGAUUUGUACCUCACGUAUGCUCCUGGAAGAUGGUCAAGUCUCUGAUAGUAAUGUGUUACUAACAACUCACACUGGAGGAAGCUUGUUCUCCAUGGGAUGGCCUGCUUUUCUGAGCAUCACCCCCAACAUUAAAGAAGAAGGUGCUAUGAAAGAGGACUCUGGGAUGCAAGAUACUCCCUACAAUGAGAAUAUCCUUGUGGAGCAGCUGGAGUUGUGUGUUGAAUACCUAUGGAAGUCUGAGAGAUACGAGCUUAUUGCUGAGGUUAACAAGCCUAUCAUUGCUGUUUUUGAGAAGCAGAGGGACUUUAAAAGGCUGUCUGACCUGUACUACGACAUCCACCGCUCCUACCUGAAGGUGGCCGAAGUGGUGAACUCAGAGAAGCGUCUCUUUGGGCGCUACUACCGCGUCGCCUUCUACGGGCAGGCUGUGGGUUUCUUUGAAGAAGAGGAAGGUAAAGAGUAUAUCUAUAAGGAACCCAAAUUAACUGGCUUGUCUGAGAUCUCUCAAAGGCUGAUGAAACUUUACGCAGACAAGUUUGGGAUAGAUAACGUGAAGAUCAUCCAGGAUUCCAACAAGGUCAACCCCAAAGACCUGGAUCCAAAGUACGCCUACAUCCAGGUGACGUACGUCACGCCGUUCUUCGAGGAGAAGGAGGCCGAGGACCGCAGGACGGACUUUGAGCUGCACCACAACAUCAACCGCUUCGUCUUCGAGACGCCCUUCACGCUCUCGGGGAAGAAGCACGGGGGUGUGGAGGAGCAGUGCAAGAGGCGCACCAUCCUCACCACCAGUCACUUGUUUCCCUACGUGAAGAAGCGCAUUCAAGUCAUAAGCCAAACCAGCACAGAGCUGAACCCCAUCGAAGUAGCCAUUGAUGAGAUGUCCAAAAAGGUCUCAGAGCUCAAUCAGCUUUGCACAAUGGAGGAAGUGGACAUGAUCCGACUGCAGCUCAAACUCCAAGGAAGUGUCAGUGUCAAGGUCAAUGCUGGACCAAUGGCCUAUGCUCGAGCUUUUCUUGAGGAGACAAAUGCUAAGAGAUAUCCUGAUAAUCAAGUCAAACUUCUGAAGGAAAUCUUCAGGCAGUUUGCAGAAGCGUGUGGACACGCUCUUGAUGUCAACGAGCGCCUCAUCAAGGAGGACCAAUUUGAGUAUCAGGGAGAGAUGAAGUCUCAUUAUAAGGACAUGCUCAGCGAGCUCUCUACAGUUAUGAAUGAGCAGAUUGCCUACAAGGAGGACUGGGCAAAGCAGCACGGGAUGGAGCGCACCUACUCACGGGUCCUCAGCAGAGCCAGCUCGGCCGCGCCGGUCGGUGCGUUGGUUGGUUCCCACAUUGGUGCUUUACAGGGUGGUGGAGAUGGGGAUGUCUCCUGCAUUCCACCUCCACAUUGUGUUAGCAGUUGCUGA